CGACGUUCUUUCAUUUCAUUUCAUUUUCGCCAGGCUGAGGGAGUCAGCCUAGAACAAGCUGCGCAUUCUCCAGUCUAAUUACUCAACCAGAUAAACUUUUUUUGAUCCUUCUUCUCGUAUUCAGUCUCGUUAUCUUUGCGACCAUGAGUAGCCACAACCCACCACGUAAGAUCCUCAUGGUAGUGACCGUGGGCGGUUUUACUCACGCUGCCCCCGUACUCGAAGUGGGAAAAGUCCUUUCUACUCGUGGACAUAUUGUUGAUUUCGCCACACUCGAAGGCCAGGAAAACUGGACAAAAGGUUACGAAUAUGUGAACCAGCUUCAUUUGAUGGGCCCCGGUCCCUCUCACGAGACGCUUGAAGCGCAUUAUUUGCGCAUGCGGCAAUGGGAUGCCUCAAAGGGCUUUGCCGGCGUGAUGGAUUCGAAAUACCUAUUCGACUCGUUCUGGACACAGACCUAUAAACACCUCAAACAGAUAGUGGACGACCCUGCAACGAGGCCUGACUUGCUUCUGGUAGACUUCUUUGUUGAUGCUGCGAAGGACAUCCUCUAUCAAUACAACCUUCCCAUCGCGAUAAUGUACCCGCAAAUGCCGGCCUUGAUAUGCCCUUGCUCAUAUAUUCCGGGCCAACCGGGCUUCCAGAUUGAUGGCACGCUUACCUCAGAGCACGCGUCAAUCUGGUCGCGUAUCAGAAAUGAGCUAGUUAUGGUACACGCGUUGCCGUCAGUUCUGCGCUGGAUAAAGUGGACUAAGAAGAUGCGACAAGCGGCAGGUGUUACCUAUAAACUGCCGACGCCCAGCAAGCCCAACCACCUGGUGUUGAUCAACUCCUUCUUUGGCCUUGAGGUGCCUAAAGACCUACCGCCGCUUGUCGCAGCGGUCGGACCCAUUCUCGCCGAUGAGUACCCAGCGUUAGAAGAGCCCUAUGAAUCUUUCUUGGCUCAACACUCGAAGACGCUCUACCUGGCACUCGGCACCCAUAUUAUUCUCUCUAAUACAGACGCGGUCAAGCUCGUCAAGGGCUUGUUAGCAGCUAUAGCUCGGGGGUAUAUUGACGGGGUGAUCUGGUCCGUUUCUCGAAAUGGUCGCCGGGAUAUUGAUCUUGAAGAAAGAUUCACUGACAAAUUCGGUAAAUCUAUCACCUUCGCCUCCUUAAUCAAUGGAGAGGAUUCCAACUUUCUCUUUACAACUUUUGCACCUCAACGGGCCAUCCUCGAUCAUCCGCAUACGCGCAUCUACCUAACUCACGGGGGCGGCUCCAGCGCCAACGAAGGCCUGUACCAUGGAAAAGCAAUGUUAGCCAUGGGAUUCUUCUUUGACCAACUAUCCAACGUGCCGCGGCUUGUCGCAAGCGGAACCUCCGAAUCCCUAGAUAAGUUCCGAUUCACGCCAGACGAGGUCUGUCGUAAAAUUGGCCUCCUCUCUGAGGAUACAAAUGGGGAGUAUAAGCGGAACUGCGAGCGAAUGCAGCGUAUCGCGCACAUCGCCUGUCGCCGAAAGGAACUAGGCGCCGAUCUCAUUGAGGAACUGAUCUAUGAUACCGAGGCACGAUAUGACGGGGGCCGGGAGCUGAGACCUAUGCACCUUCAAACGGCCGAUAUGCGAAUGUCGGCAUUCAAAGCCAAGAACUGGGAUCUGUGGCUUAUUAGUCUGCUUACACUUGGCCUCGUACCCUUGGCUUCAAUUGCGGCAGGGAGGUGGGCGUGGGCUGAAAGGAGGGCUUUAAGAGAAUGGGCUGGUGCGGUCGCCAAUAUGUGGAAGUAGAUGUAAACUACGAGUAGAAUACUUUAAAUCUAUUACCAAUGGUGUCUCAAAA